GCACGCGGGCCGCCAGGGGAGGUUUGGACCGCGCAUCUAGGCGGCGGCGGCCGAGGUCGGGCCGGGCGGCUCAACUGAAGCAACCCGCCGCCACCGAGGUGGUGAUGGGCAAGGAGGAGGAGAUUGCGCGGAUCGCCCGGAGGUUGGACAAGAUGGUGACCAGAAAGAGCGCGGUGAGGGGCGCGGGCCGCCAGGACCCUGGGGCCCCCGCUCCGCGGAGACCAACCGAACCCACCCGCGGGGAGAAUGAUACUCAGACCAGUCGAGACCCCUGCCCCAGGCCCGCCCUCUACCUUGUCCUGGGACUGCUGCUUCGCACUGGACAUCAAGCUGACUUGAGAGCCGCCCACUGGUCCCAUCGCCCAGCGGUGGUCGCGUGCGUUCUUAGUCCAGCCGUUGUCUCCCAUGUCUGCCCCCACCCUCCAGAACCAGGAGGGAGCCAUGGAUUUGCUGCGGGAGCUGAAGACCAUGCCUGUUACAUUACACCUGCUCCAGUCCACCCGUGUUGGGAUGUCUGUCAAUGCCCUGAGGAAGCAGAGCUCGGAUGAGGAGCUCAUUGCACUGGCCAAGUCCCUCAUCAAGUCCUGGAAGAAGCUCUUGGAUGUUUCUGAUGGCAAGACCAGGGAUCAAGGGAAGGGCAUGCCUCUGCCAUCACCGUCCUCAAAGGAUGCCUCAGGGACUGCUGAUUUCAGCUGCAAGAAGCCAGACCCACCGAGGACCUCAUCCACUCCGAGGAUCACCACGUUUCCCCCAGUACCCAUUACCUGCGAUGCUGUACGAAACAAAUGCCGUGAAAUGCUGACUUUGGCCCUGCAAACGGAUCAUGACCAUGAGGCUGUUGGUGUAGACUGUGAGCAUCUGUCAGCUCAGAUCGAGGAGUGCAUCUUCCUGGAUGUGGGAAACACAGACAUGAAGUACAAGAACCGUGUGCGGAGCCGAAUCUCCAACCUGAAAGAUGCCAAGAACCCUGGCCUGCGGCGGAAUGUGCUGUGUGGUGCCAUUACACCCCAGCAGAUAGCUGUGAUGACAUCAGAGGAGAUGGCCAGUGAUGAGCUGAAGGAGAUCCGUAAGGCCAUGACCAAGGAGGCCAUCCGUGAGCAUCAGAUGGCCCGUACAGGUGGCACACAGACCGAUCUGUUCACCUGCAGCAAGUGCAGGAAGAAGAACUGCACCUACACGCAGGUGCAGACUCGCAGCUCGGAUGAGCCCAUGACCACUUAUGUUGUCUGCAACGAGUGUGGGAAUCGCUGGAAGUUCUGCUGAACCCUUGUACGUACUGAUGUGUUGUAGUCCUGGCCAUGGCUAGCAUUGCCCCCCCCUCCUGCAAUGUUCUUGGAUACAGCUUCUCUGGAGAUCCCCAGAAGGUGGCAUGCCCUGUCCCAGCCUGCCUGCCUGCCUGGUGUGCACCUUUUCACCCUUUGUCCCUCAUUAUUAAAUGUUUUCUUUUGCCUUUC